UUGGUGUAGUAACGUUUCGCCUCCUCGAACCUCAAGGAAAUCACCGGGGUCACCUUUUUACUCUUGUUUUCUUUAAAACACUUCAAACGCCACUUUUCUGCAGCUGGACAGUCAUUUACUUUGUUUGGAUUAAAGACCGACAGAUGUCGCGCAGCAGGUUUUUGUGACAGGGCGCUGCCGGUGAAAUCGCUGGGCGUGUGUAAAGAUAACGCAAAACUGUCAGGAACAGAUAAACCUCAGUAACCGUCGACCCCGGACAACAAGUAGUCGGUCUUUCUAACAUUAACUGUGUGUCAUGCAGUUACAAGUCAGUCCUGACACUCCGGUUUUCACACUGGUCAUCUGACUAUAUACACUAAGUUUAGACAGACAAUGAUUAGAGACUUGUGAUCUUCAUUUGGUUUCGAUUUUUCUUUAAAUGUAUGGGACAAUGUUGCGAAUGACAGGAUUUGCUAUCGGGAAACUGCAACAGUGUAGCAUUACCUGUCGGUCACGGACUUUUCAUCACUGGUCAACCCGGACAUCAAGAACGUGGAGAAGGCAAGUGUGCAAAAAUGCAUCGUUUGAUAUCUUUCUGUUGCCUGCGUAUAAGGGAAGAAACAUAUCCAGACUCUCUUGUCUCAGAACUGAAGGGUUAUUUUCACCUAAGCACUCCAGACACACAGUUGCUCUCUAUAGCACAUCUACAGACUCCAGACAAACCUCAGGGUCUGUGGGAAAUCAGGAGAGCAGCGUGAAAACCACAGCGGACUCGUUACCUGUUCCCUCGGAAGAUGUCAAGAAGCUCCUUCAGCUGGCGCAUCCGCAGAGAUGGAGACUGACAGCUGCUGUGGGGUUUCUGGUGAUUUCCAGCACUGUCACCAUGUCUGCGCCCUUUUUUCUGGGAAAAGUGAUCGACACCAUCUACACCAGCCCCACCGAGGACUUCAGCGCAUCCCUGACCUCUCUCUGUCUCAUGCUGACAGGCGUCUUCCUCUGCGGAGGCGCUGCAAACGCUGCUCGUGUCUACCUCAUGCAAAUCUCAGGACAACAGAUUGUGCGAAAAUUGCGUGAAUCCCUUUUCUCCUCAAUUUUGAAGCAGGAGUUGGGAUUCUUUGAUAAGACCCGAACCGGGGAACUCAUUAACCGGCUCUCAGCAGAUACAGCCAUUGUGGGACGUUGCCUCACUGAUAACCUGUCUGAUGGGCUGCGUUCCCUGGCCCAGGCUGGAGCCGGAGUUGGCAUGAUGUUAUACGUGUCACCCAGUUUGGCAGCUUUUGUGCUGAUGGUGGUUCCUCCUAUUGCUUGCCUGGCUGUCAUUUUUGGUAGAUUUCUACGAUCCAUAUCGAGACGCACACAGGACGCAUUAGCAGAGGCCACACAGCUGGCAGAAGAGAGGAUUAGCAACUUGCGGACGGUCCGGGCUUUUGGAAAAGAACUGACGGAGGUGCAAAAGUACUCACAAAAGGUUGACCAUAUAUUCGAACUAGCCAAGAAGGAGGCUGUGGUUUCUGCUGGAUUCUAUGGAGUGACAGGGCUGAGUGGAAAUGUCAUCAUCCUGAGUGUGUUGUAUAAGGGAGGUUUGCUGAUGGCCAGUGAGGCUAUGACUGUUGGGCAGCUCUCGUCUUUCCUUAUGUAUGCCUUCUGGGUAGGCAUCAGCAUUGCAGGUUUCAGCUCAUUCUACUCUGAGCUGAUGAAAGGUCUUGGUGCUGGUACUCGUUUAUGGGAACUCAUAGACCGAAAGCCUGAAUUUCCCCUCAAUGAGGGGCUUGUAUUAACAUCAGAGCUGUUAAAAGGAGAACUGGAGUUUCGUAAUGUGAGUUUUGCUUACCCAACGAGGAAGGAUUCCCCCAUCUUUCAGGACUUAAGUCUGCAUGUGCCGGCAGGGUCAGUAAUGGCAGUGGUAGGAUCCAGUGGCUCAGGCAAAUCUUCACUAGUCUCACUGCUGCUGCGGUUAUACGAUCCUGAUUCAGGUAUUGUCAGUGUUGAUGGCUAUGAUAUUCGAGACUUAAAUCCUUACUGGUUGAGGAGUCACAUUGGUACUGUAAGCCAGGAACCAGUUCUUUUCUCCUGCUCAAUUGCUGAGAACAUCGCUUACGGGGCGGCGAAUCCGAGUCAGGUGACAGUAGAGGACAUUUACAGGGCAGCACAGAUCGCCAAUGCUCAUGACUUCAUUCAGGAGUUUCCUAAGGGCUACGACACUGUGGUGGGAGAGAAGGGGGUUCUGCUGUCAGGUGGACAAAAGCAGAGAGUGGCCAUAGCACGAGCCCUGCUGAAGAAUCCCAAAAUACUUUUACUGGAUGAAGCCACAAGUGCUCUGGAUGCAGAGAAUGAGUUUUUGGUCCAGGAGGCGUUAGAGAGGCUGAUGGACGGCCGUACAGUGUUGAUCAUCGCUCACCGUCUCUCCACCAUCCAGAGCGCGGACGCUGUGGCAGUACUAGACCAGCAUCGUGUGAUGGAGAUCGGCAGCCACUCGCAGCUCUUAGCCAAUGACCAGGGGCUCUUCCGCAAGCUCAUGGAGAAACAGGCCUUCCUGCAGACCGAGCAGAAACAGGCGCUCCUCAAAUAAGAGAAAAACAAACAUUCAAACACAUUAAACGUCUCUUUACUGAGCACUCCAACAGAAAAAAACACUGAAAUGUAGCUGUUUAGCCUGUGCAGUAUCAAGUAACUGGAAACCAGUUGUAUACUGAUCAUUGUUAAUUACAAUGACAUAAUAUAAUACUCAUCUUAGUUCCAUAAACACUGUUUUUAUUCAACAGUUUUUAUGCUUUCAUAGCCUAUGGAAAACUCAAAAGGAAUAUGAGGUAAAUUUUAUAUAUGAGACUUAUCAAGUUACUUGAUGCUACAUGUAAUAAAUCAUGUCAGCCGUUUAUUAAGAAACAGGUGAUUAUCAAGUUAUCGAAGUGUACAAAGGGCCUUAUUCAUGAAGAAGUCAUCUAAACUAUACAUAAAACCAUUCACUGGGAGUAUUUACCCAUUUGUUCUGCUUAUUUUUAGUAAGUAACAUGGAUAAUGACUUCUUUAUUUUUAUGGUUACAGAAACAGCGCUUCUGUCCUUUCUUAUUUACUUUGGUAAUGACACCGAUGUCAAUAUAUUGUGCCUAAAUCCUAAACCACAAAGCUUUAACUGGGAUGUAAAUCAAACUUUGACCCGGUUACAGUGCCAUUUUCUGUUGUCAAUAAUGAAGAUAUUGAUUUAAAAGCAGCAUCUGUAUGGACUAUUGUAAUAGAAGAAAAAGGGUAAAUAUUAUCGUCUCUAGAACACUAUAACAGAGAUAUUUUAAUGUACUUUUAUCUACAGCCUGUAUAUACAUAUAUUUAUAUAUGUGCCACUGGAAUAAAAAGAAAUCUAUUCAGAAUUAUAGAGGAUUUUAAUAGUUAGUGUGGUAACUUAUUAGGUUUAAGUUUGUGAAAUGUGUAUUAUUUUGUUUUCUAUUGUUUUAUCUGCACUCUUAAUAAAAGACAUUGUAA